AACAGGCCGACGCUGUCGCUACCUGAAAUGUUGCAGGACUAAAUAGUGCCAUUUCGAGUGCACAUCGUCGCUCUUCAAAUAUAAGACACUCGCUUUUACCGUGAUGCCAAGAGAUUUGCAUGACCGAUUCGCACCCACGUGAAAGUUCACAUUCGAGAAUUUACCUGGGCGAUCCGCUGGAAUCUUGCGAGCCGAGCCCUACGCAUCGUGAGGAUGUCGGCGUCUUAUCCAUGAUCUAAGCAAUACUAUAAAGUCACCCGCAGCUAUCGAGGCUCACAAUGAGCCAGAAUCGUCUAUACGCAUUUGGAUCGAAUGGAUCUGGGCAAUUGGGUAUUGGUCAUGCAAUUGACGUAUCCGAGCCCACAGAGGUCUUGCUUGACAGCAAUGCGAAGCACAAAAAAAUUGUGAAUAUUGCAUCAGGAGGUAAUCAUACACUAAUUCUUUUUCACGACGGUACCGUGAUCAGCCAUGGCGACAACGACGAUGGCCGCUGCUUACAUCACAGCGAAGACGACUCGUGGGCCCCGAGAAACGAUAGCUCGAUUGCAGACACAGAUGCUCUGUCUAGUAACGGCGUCAGUCACAUCGCAGCGACGUGGGCUGCCUCGAUCGUGGUCUCCGGCUCCACGGCUGUACGUGUGAUCGGAUCCGGGGAGUUUGGACAGCUCGGCUUAGGACCUGGAGCAACAAUUUCUGUGGUGCCGACCCUCAUCGAAGACUUCCCGCCUCACGGCCUUCACAUCGUCAAGUUGGCAGCGUGUAUGGCUCAUGUCGUUGCCGUACUCUCUAAUGGCGAGGUAUGGGGAUGGGGAGCUGGCCGUAAGGGUCAGCUCGGCCGGCCCGCAGAGAUCGUAUGGGCACCACGCAAAAUAGAAGGAAUCAAUUUCCCGGUGGUGGAUGUCGCCUGUGGUAAAGACUUCACGUGCAUUUUUGGAGACUCUCAGGAAGGCAAGUGCGUUUUCCUCGGAUUAGAUCGAAAUGAUCGAUUCAAUUUAAAGGGAAACGUCCCGCAACAAAUUCCCGAUUGGGAACAAGUCGCGAGCUCGUGGGGGUGUCUGUUCGUUCGUACAAACACUGGCCAAAUCGUGGCUUGGGGACGUAAUGAUCAUGGACAGCUACCGCCGAAGGAUCUACCACCACUCAAAGCUUUUGCUGUUGGUAGUGAGCAUUGCGUCGGUUUGACCAAGGCUGGAAUUAUCGUUGCCUGGGGCUGGGGCGAGCACGGCAAUUGCGGUCGGCCUGGAGAAGACCUGGAUGAGGUUGAAAAGACCUGGGUCGAGCUGGAAUCUGGCGAUGAAGUAUCUGCAGUCUUUGCUGGUUGUGCUACUAGCUUCUUUGCUACGACAACGCCAGCGAUGGCAUAUCAGCUUUCACUUUGAGUCAUGGCGGCUUGCGCUCCUAAUCAAACAUUCCACGAAGUUGCGAUAAACGCUGAGUGGGUUCGAUUCCUUCUUGAGUUGGCCGUGCUUCUUCAUGAAUAUCGUUUGAAAAUCGUGUAGCUGUUGCGUGUCCUUGAUGCGCCAGACGAAAACCAUCACUGUGCUGAUCAUUGCUCGUGUCCCAUCCGAGCAUUGCUCCAUCGUCCUCAUCAUAGUUCUGGGGCUCCCAUGUCUGAUCUUCAUCAGCCGCGGUGCGAUCC